UGCCCCGGAGAUAAAAGUGCCGACUGAAUAAUCGGGUGGUCUGCGCUUUGAGUGCUGCCCGGGCCCGGUCAGCAUGGCGCCUUUCUCCGGAGCAGAGCUGCUCGGGAGCUUUCUGGCUCUUUUAGCUUGGAGGGAAAUGCCAGCGGUGAGUUGUCUGGCUUUCAGAAACUGUGUAAGUUUAUAUCUUCGGACGAACUCUCUAAACUGCGUAAACCGGGGUAUCCAAAAGCUGGCCCACGCUGUUUCGGACAUCCCCUCCAACACCACGGUUCUGAACAUUUCCGGCAACAUGAUCAGCGAUUUGCCUAAGAGAGGACUGGAAAAUUUGGUGUUUUUGGAGUAUCUAAGGCUUGACCGCAACAACCUGAGCAGAAUCGCACCGCAAGCCUUUUGGAAACUCCAUUCCCUGCGGGAACUCAAUCUGUCCCACAACUUUCUGGAGUCUCUGCAGCAAGACGCCUUCAUAUCCCUGUCCAAUCUCACCAGCCUCAGCCUACAGCACAACAAGUUGGGGCAUCUCUCCGGAGCCGCCGUCUUCCCCCUGAAAAGACUCCAAAUUCUGGAUAUCUCCUUCAAUGAUUUCAGGAACGCCUCGUCUGUAAUUGCAGCUCUGAGACGAGUUCAUGCUUUGAGAACAUUGUAUCUUCAGAGCUGCAGAAUAAGAUAUUUGGAAAUUUCGACCAGUUUCCCCCCGCAGCUGAGCAGUUUACUUCUCGCCGACAACCCCCUCUCCAGAUUCUGGGCUCCCGCCGAUUUUUUUGCCGGCAUUAACUACCUGAACAUGUCCAACUGCAGCUUGUCGCGAGCCGAGAACCUCACCUCCAUCAAUUUAUCCGGUGUGCACUCCCUGAGCAUCGGGGCCAACCCGCUGGAACCGGCCGAGGUGAUCGAAACUGUGCGGAACAUAAAUGCGCCCCUGAGAAACAUCACCCUCAGCUACUUGAAGCUGAAAAACACCGACACGCUGAGAGUUCUGUGCGGGAUCUUUCAGAAGCGGGGGAUUCGGUCAGUCAACCUGGAGGGCAAUCGUUUCCGGGAAGUGAAGGGGGCCUUCAGCCGGUGCAAUUCAAUUUUAUUUCUGGACAUGUCCCACAACAGGAUUAAAACGCCGCACAUGUUUACCUGUGGAGGCGCUCCCAACGAUCUACAAACUUUAAUACUGGAUCAUAAUUUAAUUCGAGAUGUCUCUCUGUGCGCCGUGGGCCCCGACGGAAGGCAAUGUAGCUCGACCACCCCUUGCCUGGGGAAACUGCGUUACCUCUCGUUAAGGUACAACCGCAUCUCGGCCAUUGGGUCUCAUGCAUUCCGACAGGUUCCCGACCUGGAGACUCUCACUUUGGCGUUGAACGAAAUUAAUUUCAUCAACACCUCUGCCUUUGCUGGUCUAAGUAAACUGAAGUUUCUAUCCCUCACUAACAACGCAAUCGGAGAAAUCUUUCCCAAGACCUACAUGCAUCUUGGGAACCUGGAACACUUAAAGCUACGAAAUAACAGGAUUCCCAUUAUCUACAAUCGAUAUUACUCCAACCUUUCCAAGCUAAUCACGCUGGAUUUGGGCGGAAAUCACAUUGAGAAGAUUGAAGACGGAGGUUUUGAAGGACUCCGAUCUUUGUUAAGGCUCUACUUGGAUGGGAACUGGUUGUCGGAUCUUUCGAAGGAUAUGUUUAAAGAUUUGCGGUCGUUGCAAGUGUUAGAUUUGGCCCAAAACAAGUUGACCUUCGCGAAAGCGCCCGACCACUCGUCCCCGUUCGAUGCGCUGCGCAAUCUCCGCAUGCUGAAGUUGCAAAGACAGUAUACUUCCGAGAGCAUGUCGCUACCUGGAAACCUGUUUGAUGGCCUCCAGAGGCUCCAGAUUCUGGACAUCUCCAACAACAACUUCAUGACUCUGGACACACUGCCCUUUCAUCAGCUCGGCCGACUGCAAGUCUUGCGGAUGAACGACAUUCACUUGGACUUCGGAACCAUGCACAACAAGACUUUCGCCAACCUGGUCAACCUCCGGCUGCUGAGCCUGGAGAGAGCCGGCCUGGAGUCCAUCCGACAGGCCCUCUUCGAAAACCUGGCCAGCCUCACCACCCUGCUGCUCGGGAGCAAUGGUAUCCGCGUCGUCGGAAAGAACGAUAUCCUUCAACUGGGCAACCUCAGCUACCUGGACCUCCAGAAGAACCGGUUAGGCUGCGUGUGCGAGAACCUGUGGUUUCUGUGGUGGGCGGUGAAAAGUAAGGUAGAGGUGCCUCUGUUCUACAACUACUCGUGUGAGGGCCAAGGAGGGAAAAAACCCUUGGCACAGUUCGACAGAUUGAUUUGCAACGACGGUUUUGAGGCGUUUUGCCUCAGUGCGCUGACGAUCUUCGCCUUUGUGGUGACGACUCUGUUGUACCACAAAGGGAAGUGGAACUUUUAUUACAGUUACUACCUGCUCCGUGCGUGGAUUCGCGAGAAACAGUUGCGGAGGUCGCAUACUCGGGGCCACCAGUACGACGCCUUCGUGUCCUACAACUCCAACGACGAGGACUGGGUGUUUGACCAGCUGAUGCCGCACUUGGAGACUGAGGGUCCUCCGUUUCACCGACUUUGCUUCCACCACAGGGACUUUGCGGUCGGCAAACCCAUCGUGGAGAACAUCGUCGACGCCAUAUACAACAGCAAGAAGACGCUUUGCGUCAUCUCCAAGAGUUACCUGCAAAGCGAGUGGUGCUCGAUGGAGAUGCAGGUAGCCCUGUACAGGCUCUUCGAUGAAUACAGCGAUGUCCUUAUCCUGGUCUUUCUCGAUGAGAUCCCUGGCCACGUGUGGUCUCCUUACCACCACCUGCGGAAGCUGCUGUGGAAGAAGACUUACAUCAGUUGGCCCACUGAUGACGCAGGCCAGAGGCUGUUUUGGGCCAAGUUGCGGGACGCUCUCAAAGCAGACUGCUCAACUUCUAGGAAACCGGCGUAUUCGCUCAUCCAGCACAAGAGCUUACUGUACUAAACUCUCAGCCCAGAUGGUAUGAUCUUCACAGAGCCCAGAUCUCAACAUCACUGAGGCUUUCUGGGGUCACCUGGAGAGAUAGACGCAAGCAAGACAGCCAAGGUCUACAGAAGGACUCUGGCAAGAUUUUGAAGAUGCUUGGAACAACCUACCAGAUGAUUUUCUUUUUUAAAAAACUGCACAGCAGUGUACCUAAGAGAAUUCAUGGUUUUAAAGGCAAAGAGUGGUCACACCAAAUAUUGAUUUGAUUUUUUUUACUGUUUACUGUUUUUUAUAGUCUUUUUUUUUGCAAUUUACAAACUUCUCAUUUCAUUACUUUUGAAGGCAUCUUCACUUUACAGAAUUUUUUUUAUAUGUGUGUCAAGACUUUUGCAUGGUGUAGUGGCAACAGCACUGGACUUCAAGUUGAAUGGUUCCAAGUUCGAAUCCGGCCGGCUCCCCGCACGUUUUCCAUCCAUGCUGGGUUGAUUGUUGAGCUAACAACCUAACCUCGUUAAAAAAGAAAGGACAAAUGCUAUGGAAAUGGUAAAAAUGUUGCCCGAUGUGCCAGAAGGAACAACAGCAACAAGGCUUUUGCAUAGUAGGGUAAAUAAAUAAAAUCACAGACAGCAGAGAGGCCCCAGUACAGAUCCCCGCGGAACAGUCACAGACCUCCUGCCUUUAAACUCUAGUAGUCUUUUGGUUAACCCGCAUGCAUUUGAAAGACCAACAACUCCCGCACGCUAUUGCCCCAAGGCACCCUCCAGCCUAAAUAUAGUUUUCUCUCAUUAGUAUUCCAGUAAGAUUGAGAUGAAAGGCCAUUAGUUUGUCUUUGCUCUGUGUCAGUGCAGCCAGGUUGUUAAAGUAACAUCCCACUGCAGUGUGUGAUCCCCCUACUUAGAAGUCCAUAAGACCAUAAGAUGUAGGAGCAGAAUUAGGCCAUUCGGCCCAUCGAGUCUGCCCUGUCAUUUCAUCAUGGCUGACCCGUUCUCCCUCUCAGCCCCAAUCUCCUGCCUUCUCCCCGUAUCUCUUCAUGCGCUGACCAAUCAACUUCUGCCUUAAAUAUCUACUUCCACAGAUUUCCACAGAUCCACCACUCCCUGGCUAAAGAAAUUCCUCCUCAUCUCCGUUCUAAAAGGAUAACUCUCUAUUCUGAGGCCUGUGUCCUCUGGUCCUAGACUCUCUCACCACAUCCUCUCCACAGCCACUCUAUCAAGGCCUUUUAACAUACGAUAGGUUUCAAUGAGGUCAACCCUCAUUCUUCUGAGUUCCCGUGAGUAGAGGUCCAGAGCUGUCAAAAUGCCUUUCAUAAGACAACCCAUUCAAUCCUGGAAUGGAAUAACUUUCGUGAAGCUCCUUUGAGUCCUCUGCAGUGUCAGCACAUCCUUUCUAAGAUAAGGGGCCCAAAACUGCUUGCAAUACUCCAGGCGAGGCCUCACCAGUGCUUUAUAAAGCCUCAGCAUUCCACCCUUGCUUUCAGAUUCCAGUCCUCUCGAAAUGAAUGCUAACAUCGCAUUUGCCUUCCUCACCACAGACUCAACCUGCAAAGUCACCUUUAGAGAAUCCUGCACAAAGACACACAGUCCUGGGAGUGUGUGAUUCCCCCCGACAUGUUUACACGGGCAGUUCCCAAUACAGGUUUGAAUAUGGACAGAGCAACUCAUAAGGAAGAACUCAGACUUUCAGAUAUGUUCAUUGUACAGUCAAAAGUCUUCAGAAUGA